AUGAGAGGUGCAACCACUAUCACCAUCGGGGACGGGGGUCGAGGAAGCCAUCGGCAGGUCAUACUGCAAGGAGCCACGGUCGCUCCGAAGGAAGGCCACCUCAGGUUGCCGGACCAGUUUUUCCAGGGGGUGCACUUUGGUGUUUCGGCGUGGGACGUCUGGGGCGAAAAGUUGAUGGACGCAGAAAACCGUAAGAGAAACGGAGCGCUCAGACAGGUGCUGGAAGGCCAAGACCCGCAACCCACUUUCAUCUAUCCCACUAUGUUCGAGGGCGGCGUGGAGGGUUUCACCGUGGCAUUUUUGGCCGGCAGUCUCAGCCGGCAAGAGAUGCGCUCUGUGCGGGAGAGGUCUGAUCCCGCCUGGGCCGAGGCGGAGACAUCGGUUCUUACCGCCGCAAGGCAUUUCCAGCAGCUGACCGUCACGAAGUGGCACCCGAAGGUGUGGGGUCCUGGGCACGAGAGGGACGAGAACCUCCACACCAGCGUGCUGCAGGAGGUCCUGCCCACGAGGACCGGGCUGAGAGCGCUAACGUCCGCGGUGGUGGUGUACCGGGUCGAGACCGCGGUCCCCUUGCCGGCAGCAACGACAACGGAAGAUACAGCAACGACUACGACCGUGACGACGAAGGUUUCUGUCACGGCGGCAAGGGCUGAGCGGAAGGCCAGAAAGACGGACGCCGAGGCUUCGCGGCCUGGAAAUUGA